AUGUCCAACAGUUCCGGACUGAGCACUCAAGAUGACCCAGAAUGCUCAGAGAGCCAGAGAGAUGAGGAGGAGGUGGAAGGUGAGGAUGACGAGCAGAGGAAGAGCAGCAGAGAGGCAGUGAUAGAGAUCAUACUGAACUUCCUGAGGAAGUUCAUAACAAGUCCUGCACCUUGUCAACGAGAACUUAAAUCUAGUCUGCAGAAGAAGUUCCAGUGUGUGUUUGAGGGGAUUGCUAAAGCAGGAAGUCCAAGCCUUCUGAACCAGAUCUACACACAGCUCUACAUCACAGAGGGAGGGACUGGAGAGGUCAAUGAUGAACAUGAGGUCAGACAGAUUGAAACAGCAUCCAGGAAAACACACAAACCAGAAACAACAAUCAAACAAGAAGACAUCUUUAAUGGAAGAGAUCAACCAAUCAGAACAGUGAUGACAAAGGGAGUGGCCGGCAUUGGGAAAACAGUCUUAACACAGAAGUUCACUCUGGCCUGGGCUGAAGAUAAAGCCCACCAGAACAUCCAGUUCAUAUUUCCAUUCACUUUCAGAGAACUGAAUGUGCUGAGAGAGAAAAAAUUCAGCUUGGUGGAACUUGUUCAUCACUUCUUUACUGAAACCAAAGAAAUCUGCAGCUUUGAAAACUUCCAGGUUCUGUUCAUCUUUGAUGGUCUGGAUGAGAGUCGACUUCCUCUGGAUUUCCUCAACAAGAAACUUCACAGUCCGCCUUAG